CCAACAGCAGGAGGAUGAUUCUGGAGAAGGAGAGGAUGAUGCUGAGGUUCAGCAAGAAUGCCUGCAUAAGUUUUCUACCCGGGAUUAUAUCAUGGAACCCUCCAUCUUUAACACCCUGAAGAGGUAUUUUCAGGCAGGAGGGUCUCCAGAGAAUGUCAUCCAACUCUUAUCCGAGAACUACACGGCUGUGGCCCAGACUGUGAACCUGCUGGCUGAGUGGCUCAUUCAGACAGGUGUUGAGCCACUGCAGGUUCAGGAAACUGUGGAAAAUCACUUGAAGAGUUUAUUGAUCAAACACUUUGACCCCCGCAAAGCAGAUUCUAUUUUUACUGAAGAAGGAGAGACCCCAGCGUGGCUUGAACAGAUGAUUGCACAUACCACGUGGAGAGAUCUUUUCUACAAACUGGCCGAAGCCCAUCCAGACUGUCUGAUGCUGAAUUUUACUGUGAAGCUUAUUUCUGAUGCAGGGUACCAAGGCGAGAUCACCAGUGUGUCUACUGCGUGCCAGCAGCUAGAAGUGUUCUCACGAGUACUCCGUACCUCGCUAGCCACAAUUUUAGAUGGAGGAGAAGAAAACCUUGAAAAGAAUCUUCCUGAGUUUGCCAAGAUGGUGUGUCACGGGGAGCACACAUACCUGUUUGCCCAGGCCAUAAUGUCCGUGCUGGCCCAGGAGGAGCAGGGGGGCUCUGCCGUGCGCAGGAUCGCCCAGGAAGUGCAGCGCUUUGCCCAGGAGAAAGGCCACGAUGCCAGUCAGAUCACGUUGGCCCUGGGCACAGCUGCCUCUUACCCCAGAGCCUGUCAGGCCCUCGGGGCCAUGCUGUCCAAAGGAGCCCUGAACCCUGCUGACAUCACCGUCCUUUUCAAGAUGUUCACAAGCAUGGACCCGCCACCUGUGGAGCUCAUCCGCGUGCCUGCCUUCCUGGACCUUUUCAUGCAGUCACUUUUUAAACCAGGAGCCAGGAUCAACCAGGACCACAAGCACAAAUACAUCCAUAUCUUGGCUUAUGCUGCAAGCGUGGUGGAGACCUGGAAGAAGAACAAGCGAGUGAGCAUCAACAAGGAUGAGCUGAAGUCGACAUCGAAAGCUGUGGAAACGGUUCACAAUUUGUGUUGCAAUGAGAACAAAGGGGCCUCUGAACUUGUGGCAGAACUGAGCACCCUUUAUCAGUGCAUUAGGUUUCCAGUGGUAGCGAUGGGUGUGCUGAAGUGGGUGGAUUGGACUGUGUCAGAACCAAGAUACUUUCAGCUGCAGACGGACCACACCCCAGUCCACCUGGCGUUGCUGGAUGAGAUCAGUACCUGCCACCAGCUUCUGCACCCACUGGUCCUGCAGCUGCUUGUUAAGCUUUUUGAGACUGAGCACUCCCAGUUGGAUGUGAUGGAGCAGGUAAGUAGAUGCCCACUUGAAUUAAAGAAGACCCUGCUGGACAGGAUGGUUCACCUGCUGAGUCGAGGUUAUGUACUUCCUGUUGUCAGUUACAUCCGAAAGUGUCUGGAGAAGCUGGACACUGACAUUUCACUCAUUCGCUAUUUUGUCACUGAGGUGCUAGAUGUCAUCGCUCCUCCGUACACCUCUGACUUUGUGCAGCUUUUCCUCCCCAUCUUGGAGAAUGACAGCAUUGCUGGCACCAUUAAGACAGAAGGCGAGCAUGACCCCGUGACGGAGUUCAUAGCUCACUGCAAAUCCAACUUCAUCAUGAUGAACUAAUUCAGAGCAGCCUCCAGAGCUGAGGCAGAACAUUCCAGACCCUUUCAAGAAGCUGCUGUUUUAAGAGGCUCAGUUGGCCUCUUGGAAAUGGAUUCUGCUGGGAGGAGGUGGACAACUUCUUUAAAAAGGAAAAUCUUAGCAGUUUGAGUAAAAAACUGCUAUUAUGAAUAGUCCCUUUUCUCUGUCGUAAACCCAGUACCACUCCUUAAGCCUGUUCACAGCACUCAUUUCCCCAGUGUAUGAAGUAGGUUUGUGUUACCUCAGGAUGGAGCCUACUGCCAGCCCCAGGGGUGGUGGGAACUCAGAGGUAUCUCAUAUUGCUCGGUGGACUGCUUUCAGAGUUGACCUAAGUUUUUUUUUUUUUUACAAGAACCUAAUUAGUUAGUUGAUGUUUUAUUGUAUUUGUUUUAAUUUGCUAAGAACUAAUAAAUUUCAGAAAGCCUUUCUACUGGGCUGGGUUA